GGCGCCCUGCCAAGUCCCAGCCGCCUAAAUAGCGACGAUCCCAAGCAACUCCGAGCAUCUCUUUGUUCCUGGGUCACGUAUUCGUUUCUCGAAACAACGGCCAUCAUCUCACUCACGAUAGCUACUAUCCCUGUUCCCAGCUUAGCACACCUAUACAUCGCUCUUUCUUUCAAUAUGAAGCUUGCCUCGGGGCUACCGCUCACCACCUACGGCUUCCAAUUGCUUAUGUUUGGCCGUCGGAAAGAGGGUCUCACCCCAGAUCAAUACCGCGACCACUACGAGAAUGUCCACAUCCCCCUCAUGAAGAACCUAACCGGAGACACCUUCCCUCUGACCCACGUGCGACACUACGUAAAACGAGAUGGGCCGCCUGACUUUCCGGCAGCGGUCUUAAUGGGCGGCCAGGUGGACUUCAACUACGACGCGGUGGCGGUACUGACGUAUCGGGAUAAGGCGCAUUUUGACGCUAACUGGGCGUUCUUUGAGGAUGAGGAAACUUCGAGAUUGAUCAAAGAGGACGAGGAGAAGUUCUCCGCGUGGGUGACGGGUGUUCUCAUCAGUACGGAAUCUACUGAUACAAGAGCUUAAGAAUAUCAAGAAAGAGCUCCCAAUCUGUCAAUUCAUGUUUGUCUCAGCCCCCACCACUAGUGCUAAAAUCAAAAGCAUUCUAUUAUUCAAGUAGUGCCAGUAAAGCCCAUUAUGAUCAACUCUUUUUCUGGCAAUG